AUGUCCAUACACGUGGCUUUCACUGCUUGGGACUGGUCGAUCUUACUUGAAGAGGACGGAUCCAUGAGCCUCGCCAAGCACUGCCGUGCCAUGUCUAUCUUCUUAAGUGCGCUUUGGUGCAUGGGAUGGAUAUUCUUCAUACUAUCCUUAUCCUACGUUUUGAAUUUCGGCGUUCCCGACUUUCUUCAACAGAUGCUGGUCGACACGAGAAAGCUCCUAGCAGCGGCUGGGAUCAAGCCACUACCCCAUCCAGCCUGGGUAGAUAAGGAGGACUUUAUUACAUCAGAAGAGGCAGCGAAUCUUGUGAUAGUUUGA